AUGAACGCCACUCCCCGCCUCCUCGGAAAGAUCCUCAAGGCCGUCGGUCCCAAGGAGCCGCAUCCCUACUUUAUCUACCCCAAGACUGCCGCGGCAUACCCCAUCAACCCCGCGUUCUUGAGUCAACGGUUGGGUCGCACUGCUGGAGCAUAUGUUCCAUUCAUGGGAGUGGUGUUCCUCUGGCCUUUUGCGGCGCAGUACAUUACCACCCAGACUGGUGGGCCAUGA